AGGAGCCUGGUUGCUAGGAGACCAUGCUUGCGAAGACUUGCCCGCUACCAAGAUGGCAAGCAAUCGCGCUUCAAGCCAGAAACCAAGCCCUUCCUGGGGGACCAUUUUGAAGUCUGGCAAGCUCAUGAUUCCGGACCGAAGUUAAGAGAUGCAGUCAUGGAGUACCAGCAGAGACGUAAACGGAGAAUACCAGUUAGGGCACCGGGGGAUAGGUAGCCUGUGCCUGUCACUGCCCAGACGCUGUCAGAGAGGAAGCCGCUCCUCUGCCCUUAACAGAAAUGGCCGCCCAAGGAGGAUGCUUUGUCGCGCCGUGAAUUAUGGCAGCACUUCCGGCCCCGCUGCCCUCAGCAAAGAUGGCGGCAGUGGAGAAGCGGCGGCCGGCAGUAGCACCAGCGGCCAAUUUCGCGGACAGCGGCCGCUCGUCGGUGUCUCAGGCGGCGGCGGCGGCUGAGAGCGAGGAGGAUUUCCUCCGGCAGGUCGGCGUGACAGAGAUGCUGCGCGCGGCCCUACUGAAGGUGCUGGAGACGCGGCCCGAGGAGCCCAUCGCCUUCUUGGCGCACUACUUCGAGAACAUGGGCCUGCGCUCGCCAGCCAACGGCGGCGCCGGGGAGCCCCCAGGCCAGCUCCUCCUGCAGCAGCAGCGCCUGGGCCGCGCGCUGUGGCACCUUCGCCUGGCUCACCACUCGCAGAGGACCGCCUUCAACAACAACGUGAGCGUGGCCUACGAGUGUCUGAGCGCCAGCGGCCGCAAGAAGAAGCCUGGGCUGGACGGGCGCACGUACAGCGAGCUGCUGAAGCGCGUGUGCAGGGACGGCGGGGCCCCCGAGGAGGUGGUGGCACCGCUUCUGCGCAAGAUCCAGUGCCGGGACCACGAGGCUGUGCCGCUGGGCAUCUUCCGCGCCGGCAUGCUGUCAUGCUUUGUGCUGCUGGAGUUUGUGGCGCGCGCCGGCGCCCUCUUCCAGCUGCUGGAGGACCCGGGCCUGGCGGUGGCCGAUCGGCGUGUGGGCCAGGCCGUGCUGGACACGCUGGAGGGCGCGCUGGGCACGGGAGACCUGGCGGCGGCGCCCACACACUACCUAGAGGCCGGUUCCCGCUUGGGCCCCGACAAUCUGGCACGUGCCCUGGACAGGGCGGCGGCUGGACGGCGGCCUAGCGCACCCAUGUCCCGAGAGGAGUUCCUGGAGAAGGCUGCCGCCCUCUUCAUCGCCAAGGUCAAGCCGGUGGGCUGAGUCCAGGACACAAGCACACCCUGCUGCCACCUCCCCGGGAAGGCAUGGGCUUGGGAUCUGCAAACCGGUGUCCAGACAACCUGCACAGGGCCCUCACCCAGGGAGGGGGACCUGGGUGGACCCUGCAGGACCAGCACCUUCAGCUCAGUCCCCUCUGUACUGGCCUGUCUUCCCUGCUCACAGAAAUAAAAUCUGAAAAGACCCA